AUGAUGUUUUUCGACCGUGCUUUACUAGCUUUAGGUAACAUUUUGUUCUUAGCUGGUAUAUAUCUAAUCAUUGGUCCUGCAAAAACCUAUGUAUUUUUCUCAAAACCAACUAAGAGAAGAGGUUCUGUGUUGUUUUUAUUCGGUAUAUUUUUAAUUUUGGUCAAAUGGACGUUCAUAGGUUUUGUAAUCGAAUUACUUGGUAUAAUGGGCUUAUUCGGUGACUUCUUUGGUAUCAUCGUUCAGUUCUUAAGAUCAUUGCCAGUUAUUGGCCCAAUUUUAUCACAUCCAGCUGUAUCUCCUAUUGUUGAUAAAUUAGCUGGUAUUAGAACUUUACCAGUGUAG